GUAGGUUACAAACUGAUAGAUUCUCAGGUGCACGCAGGUGAGACAACAGUCCUGUCAGGAAUUUAAGUUCAUGGCAGCACAGGUUUAUGAAUCUAAGUGACAUUUUAACUUAAACAUUUAGUGCACAGACACUAAACUCGAGUUUGUGCCAGUGUGUCUGGAGCAAACUGUCUCAUUUGUACUCUAACAGCCACUUUACACUGGUGAAAACUGUCCAGCCUCAUUCUGUGGAAAUAUGCUAAGAAUUUACACCAGAAUUAUGGUAAAGGUGGGGAUGAUGAAUUCCUGUCACUUGAUGAAGCCUGUGUCAGGAAUUCUGGUUAAUGGCAGAUACCUGACCUACCAACAAGGCCUGCCAAGUCUUCCAGUACCCCCGCUUCAGCAGACCUGUGAGCGCUACCUCAGCCUCCUGGAACCCAUUGUGGAGGUGCAUGAGCUGAAGAGAACAAAACAGCUGGUGGAGAAGUUCCUGGAGUCAGGAGGGGUUGGAGAAAAACUGCAAAGAAGUCUAGAAAGGAAGGCUCAAAAUACUAACAACUGGUUAACGGACUACAUGGUGCAGACUGAUUAUCUUGACAACCGUCUGCCUGUGGUGGUUUAUUCAAAUAACAGUGGCGCCUUUCCCCGAAUGGACUUCAGGGAUAAGCAGGGACAAAUAAGGUGUGCCGCCGAAAUAAUGAGAGCUAUUUUGGACUUCAAAACAAUGGUUGACAAUGAGAUACUACCAGUUGAUUACCUGGGAGGAAAACCCCUGUGUAUGAAGCAAUAUUCCCAAAUGCUGUCAUCCUGCUCUAUCCCGGGCCUGGAGGGGGACUCAGUUGUGUUCCACAGCAAGACUUCCUGCCCUUCCAACCAGUUCACAGUGGCACAUAACUCUCAGUUCUUUAUGGUGGAUGUCUACAACAGUGAUGGGACUCCGAUGACUGUGCAUCAGCUUUGUGUUCAGCUGGAGAGGAUCUGCAACUCCUCACUGGAGACCAACACAGAGCCUGUUGGCAUCCUCACCACCCUGAAUCGUGACUACUGGAGCAAAUGCUAUGACAGACUGGUCCAGGAUCAGACCAACAAAGAAGCACUGUUGGCUAUCCAAAGGAGCAUCUGCGUGGUGUGUUUGGAUAAAGCCAUGCCUCACGUGCCUGAUGAAAUGUACUGCAGACGUAAUGCCCUCCAGAUGAUGCAUGGAGGAGGCAGCCAGUGGAACAGCGCCAACCGCUGGUUUGAUAAAUCAGUGCAGUUCAUUAUUGGAGAAGACGGGGCAUUUGGUAACAACAUCUCACACAGUUGUGCAGAUGGUACAAUCGCUAUGGCCUUAAUUGAUUAUGUUUUAAACUCCAUCAAGAAGCUAGAGAUCAUACAGUCUCCCAUGGUGCCUUUACCCAUGCCUCAGAAACUACACUUCAGCAUCACACCCGACAUCAAGAAAGCUAUUGAGGAGGCCAAAGAAAGCCUUGACAAACUUGCCCAAGACCUGGAUAUAAAUAUUCUCUUAUUCAACCACUUUGGGAAAAAUGUUCUAAAAGCAAACAAGAUGAGCUCUGAUGCUUUCGUACAGAUGGCUAUACAGUUGGCUUACUACAGGGUGCACCAGCAGCACUGUCCAUCUUAUGAAGCUGCCUCCAUGCGUAUGUUCAAGCAGGGACGUGUAUGUGAAAUCUCUUCAACUUCAAGUGCCUCAGUUGCCUUUGCCACGGCUUUUGAUGACCCAAAGACGCAGAAAGCAGAGAAAAGGGAUUUAUUGAUGAAAGCUAUAAAAGUGCACAAAUGGAGCACUAACAUGGAAAUUAGUGGACAAACACUGAUUGGGCACUUCCUGGGUCUACAGUGCCAAGCAACUGAGAAGAAUAUUCCCAUGCCGGAGAUCUUCACAGACACCUCCUUUGUUAAAGCCUUUGACUAUCGACUUGCUACAAGUCAGGUACCCUCCAAUUCUGGCUGUCUGCCAUGUGCUGGUCCUUAUCAACUUGAAGCAUAUGAUAUAUGCUAUAAACUUUUGGAGAAUGACAUGACCUUUGUGGUGUCAGCCUUCAAAACAAGCAAAGAAAACAACCCAGCACAACUAAACCAAGCUCUGGAGGAUGCACUGCUGGACAUGAGGACCAUACUGGAAAUUUAACAGAAAAGUGAACAAAUGGUGGUUUUUCUUUGCUGAA